AUGGAGGCAAUCCCCCAUCUCCUAGCCGUCAUUCGCAAUCUCGCGGAUCGAUCCGAAUUCGUCAAGCAGCUGGUAGGUCGACCAGAAGCCCUCGAAGUUUCGAUGACCAAAACUGACAUUCAGCAAAGCACGUCGAAGCAGCCCACCGUCUUCUACGCUGUGGCUGCCGAGACUUGCUCAACGAAGCCGAUCUUGCGGCAUUCGAAAGGUCUUGAAUACCGUCUGGUCGGCAAAGACGCUGCCGAGUACGACUUCCGUGACUUCCGAUGGGCCAAGCUGGAACGGCUACGCCGCGGAGCAAGGUCAUCCACCAACAUCGCCCGCGACGAGGCUCUACUCGAGUACAGCGUCGACACCGAGACGGCUCCUCCGUCGGCGGCGGCUUCUCCCCGCCUUGACGCAAUGGACGUUCGCAACGCCCUGCCGCGACUUCCAGCGACGCAAACACUCCAAUCGUCCGCGCCCUCGGACGCGCUGAAUCUGCCGGAAAUCCAAGGCAUUCAAGGGCCUGGCAUGGCGCCGUCUCCUCAGCCGUGGUGGGGGCUGGCCGAGCCUGAGAAUGUCGAUCAAGUGUUUUCGCUCGACUGGUCGUGGUUCUUGGACGAGUCAGGCCAGACAUGGGACUUUUAA